AUGAGUUUUCCUGAGGAUAAUGGGUAUACUAAUACUCGAAAUGCACGUGGAGAUUCCAGGAAUGGUCUUUCUAUCAAACAAGCAUAUAGUAACGGUGGUCUGAAAGCUGGGGCUGUCAGAGCCCUAGGACUGGCAUACCGUGUGCUGUCUCGACGCAAGGCAGCAGAGGAGGGAGUAGCUCGUCUGGCAAGAGUUCUUUCAGCUUUGGACCUGACUGCACUGGGAGUGGGUAGUACACUUGGAGUAGGAGUUUAUGUAUUAGCUGGAGAUGUUGCCAAAAACUAUGCAGGUCCAGCUGUGGUCUUGUCAUUCCUGUUAGCAGCUGUUGCAAGUGUUUUUGCAGGUCUGUGUUAUGCAGAGUUUGGUGCUCGUGUUCCAAAGGCAGGGUCAGCAUAUGUGUACAGUUAUGUCUGUGUUGGAGAGUUUAUUGCAUUUAUUAUUGGAUGGAAUCUCAUACUUGAAUAUAUAAUAGGUGCAGCCUCUGUAACUAAGGCAUUGAGCGAGUAUCUGGAUUCACUGUUAGACAAGGCAAUAUCCAGCCGCUUACUCGAAUGGAUGCCUAUGGAUUCACCACAUCUUGCCAAAUAUCCCGAUAUUUUUGCCUUUUCUGUCAUAAUGAUUUUUUCUGUAUCGCUCGCGUUUGGCGUGAAAGAGUCGACAAAGUUCAACAACUUCUGUACCGGCGUGAAUUUAUGUGUUGUGCUGUUUGUCAUAAUAUCGGGCUCCUUCAAAGCUGAUACGAAAAACUGGCGCAUACCAGCAGAAGAGGUCCCGAAAGGUGGUGGGCGGGACUUCGGUAGCGGUGGCUUCGCCCCUUACGGGAUCGCUGGGAUCAUUCGGGGCGCGGCUGUCUGCUUUUACGGCUUCAUAGGCUUCGACUGCGUAGCAACGGCCGGCGAAGAAGCGCGUAGACCCCAGAAAAGCAUACCCUUUGCUGUGGUCGCUUCGUUGCUAGUUGUGUUCCUUGCCUACUGCGGUGUGUCUUGCGUGCUCACACUUGUCUUGCCUUACUAUAUGCAGGACGAAAAGGCACCGUUCCCGUAUGUGUUUGAUCAAUUGGGAUGGAGUUGGGCCAAAUAUGCUGUCAGCGUUGGUGCCGUUUGCGCUCUUUGCUCAAGUCUUUUGGGUUCGGUGUUUCCUCUGCCACGUAUUAUUUACGCGAUGUCAGCGGACGGACUGCUUUUCCGUUUCAUGGGAGGGGUUAGCGAGAAGUUCCAUACACCGAUUGUUGGUACAGUUGUUGCGGGGCUUUUUACAGGCACGCUCGCGAUGUUAUUCGAGUUGGAGCAGUUAAUUCAUAUGAUGUCCAUCGGCACACUGCUGGCCUACUCCAUGGUCGCCUCCUGUGUGCUUUUACUCAGAUACGAGCGUACACAGAGUACGCGUACUGCGAGUGAACCAACACGUAUGAGCAUACGAGGAUGCGUACGUCAAGUGUUUAACGUAGACGGCCUGACCACGCCCACACAGCUCAGUGCCACAACUGUCAACGUACUCGUCACGUUAUACGGCGUUUGGUGCUUCUUGAUGAUGGGCAGCAUCAGUGGACACGGGGACGCGAUCCUGUCAGGCGCUCCAGGCCCGUUGGCGGCGGUGGUGGUGGGAUCUUUCCUGGUGCUCACCACGCUCUACGCUAUCUCACGGCAACCCGUUUCAGACAAGAAACUCGCUUUCUCGGUUCCUCUGGUACCGUGGCUGCCCGGUCUCAGUAUUCUCAUCAACGUUUACUUAAUGCUGAAUCUCGACUACAUGACGUGGAUUCGAUUCUCCGUCUGGCUAGCUGCUGGUCAGUAUUUCUUUAUAAUUAAAUUAAUUAUUUAG